AUGCCCCGAUGCCAGCAUGCCUUCGAUGAGUUGAAGAUGGCACUUAUGGAGGAACUCGUGUUGAGACUUCCUAAUCUUAGCAAACCGUUUGAGGAUGGACACCCAUUGGCUUUUGAGAGUCGGAAGCUCAAUGACACAGAGCAGAGGUAUACCGUUCAAGAGAAGGAGAUGACAGCCGUAGUGCAUUGCUUGCGGACUUGGAGGCACUACUUGUUAGGUUCUCAGUUCGUGGCUAGGUGGCAAGACUUCUUGGCAGAGUUCGACUACAAACUGGAGUACAAGCAAGGGAAGACGAAUGUCGUUGCCGAUGCCCUAAGCAGGAAGGCCGCACUUGCAGCUGUUGUACAACCCCAGAGUUCUCUCAUGCAGAGGAUACGAGAGGGCUUGUUGCAUGAUCCCCAAGCUAAAAGUCUGUUGGAGUUUGUUAAAGAUGGGAAGACAAUGAGAUUUUGGCUCGACGAUGGCAUUCUUUAUGCAACAGGGAAGAGGAUCUAUGUUCCAAGGUGGGACAAUCUGAGGCGAGAGCUACUGAAGGAGUGUCAUGACUCGAAAUGGGUGGGACAUCCAGGCACUCAUCGGACGUUAGCCUUGAUGAGUGAAGCUUACUAUUGGCCACAGAUGCAGAAGGAUGUAGACUCGUUCGUGCGGACUUGCCUUGUAUGCCAACAAGACAAGACAUUGCAGAAGCAGCCCGGUGGGUUGCUACAGCCACUUCCUAUUCCAGCCAGACCAUGGGAGAGUUUGUCCGUGGACUUCAUUGUGAGUCUACCCAAGUCAGAAAGGUUUGGCUCAAUUUUGAUGGUGGUCGACAGGUUCACUAAGUAUGCUACCUUCAUCCCUGCACCAGCGGACUGCAAUGCGGAGGAAGCUGCAUGCUUGUUUUUGAAGCAUGUGGUGAAGUAUUGGGGAAUUCCCAAGAGUAUUAUCAGUGAUCGCGACACUCAUUUUACUGGUAAACUUUGGACGGAGCUCUUCAGGCUACUUAGGUCACAGUUGAACUUCUCUACCAGCUUUCACCCACAGACAGAUGGUCAGACGGAACGGGUGAAUGCAUUGUUGGAGCUAUACUUGAGGCACUAUGUGAGUGCCAACCAGCGAGAUUGGGCAACGUUGUUGGAUGUUGCUCAGUUCUCAUACAACUUGCAGCGGUCGGAGUCAACAGGGUCAAGUCUUUUCGAGUUGGCAACAGGACAACAACCUAUGACAACAACCUAUGACACCAAACACAGUGGUGUCAGGCUACACGGGGAGUAG